AUGGAGGAAUAUUCAGAGGAAAACAUUGAUAAUUUAUCAAAUAAAGAAAAAAUAUAUAGUGGAAAGAAAUUGGUAUAUACGAAAAAUGAUUUUUUAUAUGCCUAUAAAGAAUUAAUAUUAAAUAAAAAGGGAAUCAAUGAUGAUAACCUAUGUUAUGAUAAAUUUAGAAAUUCGGAUUCAUUUAGAAAAAAGGAAAAUAUUAAAGAUGAUGGAGAUGAAAGCAAUAAAAACAAAAUAAAAAAUGAUACAUUUAAUUUUGAAAGUCAUUUUAACAAGAAUAUUUUAGUUGAAUCAUUAAAUUCUAAUAAUCCUUUAAAUAUAAAUAAAAAAAGUUCUUUUCUUACAAAAAGUAACAAAUUUAAUAAAAUUUUUGAUAUUGAUUCUAAUAAUUUAAUUAAUAUUAGGAAUAACACUGAUAAUAAUAAUAAUAUUGAUAAUGAUAAUAAUAAUAAUAAUAAUAAUACUGAUAAUAAUAAUAAUAUUGAUAAUAAUAAUAAUAAUAUUGAUAAUAAUAAUAAUAAUAAUAAUAAUAAUAAUAAUAAUAAUAAUAAUAAUAAUAUUGAUAAUAAUAAUAAUAAUAAUAAUAAUAAUAAUAUUGAUAAUAAUAAUAAUAUUGAUAAUAAUAGUAAUAAUAAUAGUAGUAAUAAUAAUAAUAAUAGUAAUAAUAAUAAUAAUAGAAAUAGUUUAAAAAAAAAUAAUAUAUAUGUUGAUAAUAAUAAAAGAUUAAUGUGGAGAGAAAAUAAUAAGGUGUCUUCAUCAUGGAGAUAUACGAAAGGAAACAAUAAAUUAAGUGAUAAUAAAGAUGAAGUAAAAAGAAGUUAUAAUAAAUAUUAUAAUGAUGUAAAAAUUUCAUCUCCUAUUGAUUCCAAUGAUGAAAAUGAUGUUAACGAUUUUAGUAAAAUUUCUCAUCAAAACAAUUAUGUUAAAGAUAGAAAUAUAAUAAAUGUGAAAAGAGAAGACAUUUUUAAUGAUUAUAAUAAUAAUAAUAAUAAUAAAAACAUAAGUAGUAAUAAUGCUGUAAGCUUAAAUUUAAUAAGUCACAAUAAUAAUAACAAUAAUGAUAAUAAUUCUAAUGAAAAUUUAAAUAAUGAUGUAGAGAAUACGAAUAAAUCUGUUGAAAAUUUUGGUAUUUUAACUUAUUCUAAUUCAACGAAUAAAAACUUAAAUUUCUCCAAUGCGACAGGUUUUUUUAGUAAAGGGAAUAAUAUAAUUAAAAAAGUGAAUGAUAUAUUUAAUAAUUCUUCUGUCUAUUCAGCUAGUUGUAAUUUUAAUAAUAAUAAUAACAAUAUCCAUUUAGAUGAAUGGAAGAUCAAAAAAUACAAAAAGUAUAAUAAUAAUGAUAGUCACAGAAUUUUAGAAGAAAAAACAAAAAAAGAAAAUAAAAAUGAAUAUUCAGAUAUAUUUUUAAAUAAAAAUAAUGAUAUGAAUAAAUUGAAUAUAAAUUUUCCAAAUAAUGUACACGAUAUUAAUCAAUAUAAUUAUAAUCAGCAACCAUUUGUAGGAAAAACAGAAUAUAAUACUAAUGAUUUAAAAAAAAAAGUAAAUUAUAAUGAUGUAAUAAAUAAAAGUAAUAUAAAUAGCAAUGCAGAACAUUUAUCCAAUAAUAUGAAUAAAAAAAGUGGAAAAAUUAAUAAGGUUCCUAAUUCAUAUGAAAACGUAAAAAAUCAAUCAAAUAAUUUUACAAAUUCUAGUUAUUUUAAUACAAGUAAAAAUGUAAAAUUAAAUGAAAAGAAAAAUUCAAAAAGUGAUAAAAAUGUAAUGGAAGAUGAUUGGAGUUCAAUAAGAAAAAAAUCAAUCUUAGCUGAAAAUAAAAAAGCAACAGAUGAUUUAAUCUGGCAUAAAAUGAGUGAACAAUUUGACAGAAAUAAUAAAAAUUCAAUGGAUUCUUUAGAUAGUAAAGUUGAUAGUAGUAAUAUUGAUAAUAAUAAGAAUAUUAAUAAUAAUAUAAAUAAUAAUAGUAAUAUUGAUAAUAAUAAUAAUGAUAGUAAAAAUAAUAUUAAUAAAAACAGUAAUAUUGAUAAUAAUAAUGAUAGUAAUAAUAAUACUAAUAAUUGCAAUAAUAAUAAUAACAUUAAUAUUAAUAAUAAUAUUAAUAAUAAUAUUAAUAGUGAUAAUAAUAAUGUUAAUAAUAAUAAUGAUAGUAGUAAUAAUAGUAAUUAUAACAUUAUAAAUGAUAAUAAUAAUAAUAACAAUUAUGAUCAUUUCGUAUCAAAAAAUGAGAAAUUAUGUUUUGUAGAGAAAGGUAAUUUUAAUAAAGAAAAUAUAAGUAAUAAUAUGUCUGCUUAUACAAAUAAGAAAAUAAGUGAGACACCAUUUGUAAAAAUGGCUCUUAAUAACAAUUUUAAAAUUGAUGAAAAUAAUGCAUCUGAAAUCUAUACAUAUGAAGAUGAUUAUUUAAAUCAGAAUUAUUUUUCUGAAGAUAAAAAAGAUUCAUAUAUUAAUAACAUAGACAAAGUUAACAAUAAAAUUAAUACAGAAAAAAAUAAGAAGAAAAAAAAAAAAAAAAAUGAGAAAGAUAAAGAUAAGGAAAAAGAAAUAGAAUCAGAAAUAGAUAAAAACAGAAAAAUAAAUUUAAAUGAAGACGUAAAUAAAAAACAAGAGGAAGUGAAUUAUGAUAAAAAUACUAGAAAUAUUAAAGAAAAAGAAGACAUUAGUAAUAAUAAUAAUAAUGAUGAAAAAGAUAAAAAUGUUUCUGAUAAAAUGCUUUAUUUGCAUGAUGAAGAAAAGGAAAAAGAUAAACAAAAAUUAGAACAAACAUUAAGAGAACAAGAUGAUACAAAUACAGAUAAAAAGAAUAAUUAUUAUUGGGAAAAGAUUAAUAACAAAAAUGCAAAUUUACCUUUUAUUGAAAGUGAUAAUGUAAAUAAAAAUUAUAUUUUAAUAAAUAAUGCAAAAAACGAAUCAUUAAAAAAUAGAAAAUAUUUAUGCAAAGAUGAAAUUGAUAUCCCACAAGAAAGUUUGUUACAAAAAAUAAAAAAAAAAAAUAUCAGUGCAGAAAACGUAAAUAAUUUAUUGUCUAUUAGUAGUAAUAGAAAUGCGAAUUUAUCUAAUAAUUUUUUUUUUUCUAAUGAUAUUAAUAAAGUCUUAGAAAUGAAUGAGAAUAAAAAUGUAGAUAUAAAUUCUGUUUAUUCCAAGAAUAUUUCUAAUAAUUCCUACCCUAAUAUACUUGUGAAUAAUUUUUAUAAGAAUAGAAAUAUUAUUGGAAUAAAUACUGAAAAUAGUUUGAAUAAAAAUGAAAUAAAUAAUAACAUUUCACAUUUUUUAUCAAACAUAAAUACAAAUAUAAGUAAAAAAAGAAGUACUUCUAAUAUAGAUCUAAAACACGCUAGUAGAAAUUAUUUUCAUGAAAGAAAUGAAGAAUUAAUAGAAAAAGUGAAAGAAGAAGAAAUAGAAAAUAAUGUAAUUAAAAAAAUUACAGAAAAAAUAAAAAUGGACGAUAAUUUUCUGAAUAAAUUAAGUGAAAAAGAAAAAAGUGAACUAUUAAAACAUAUAACUUUAAGUUAUUUAAAAACAGUUGAUAAUUUAGAAAAUACAAAUACAGAUAAUUCUAUGGUACAUUUAAAUAAUAAUAACAAUAUACAUUUAAAAUUUAAUGAAGCUAAUUUACUAAAUUUGAAAUUAAAUAAUAUUGAUAACACUAGUAAAAAAAACAGGAGUGUAAAUUUGAAUGAUAGAAAUAUAGCAUCUUAUAAUAAUAUAAAUAGAAAUGAAUUAUUAUCAUAUGAAGAUAUGGAAAAUAAUAGAAAUGAUUAUAAUUUAAAAAGUAUGAUAAAUCAAAUGAACAACAAUGAGUCAUCUUAUUUAGAGUACUUAUUAGCAAAAGCCUUUGAUGAAAAAAAUAAGUAUGAUAAUAAUAAAUAUAAUACAGUUAUGAAUGAGAAUAAGUGGUUGAAACAUUUACAUGAUAAGAAUUCUCUUUUAAAUGAAUAUAAUUUAUUAAACAAUUUUCAUAUAAAUUCAAUGAAAGAUAGCAAUGUAUUAAAUAAAAAUAAAUCCAUCUUAGAGAACAACAAUUCUAGUAACAUAGCUGAAAAUGAAGAUGGAAUAUUAACUCAAUCUAAUUUAGAAAAUAGAAAAAUUAAAAGUAAUACUGAAAACAUAAAUAAAGUUGUUAACAUUAAUCAUAAUACUUCAUCUAUGAUUAUGCAAAAUAUAAUGGGAAUAAAUAAUGAAUGCUAUGGAAAUAUAUCUAACAAUACUGAUGAAGAUACUAAAAUAACAAGAAAUAAUUACUUAAAGGAAAAAAAAAAAGAAAAUAAUACUUAUUUAUUGGAUACUCAGGCAUAUAAUAAUGAAAACACUGCUACUAAUAAUAAUGAUCAUAUUUAUAAAAACUUAAGUCAAAAUCAAAAUAUGAAUAACAUAAACAUAAUAAAAAAUAUUCAAAUAAUGAAUAGAUUAAAUAAAAUAAAAGGUGAUAUAUGGCAAUAUAAAGAUCCAUCUGGAAAUAUACAAGGACCUUUUUCAUCAGAACUUAUGUUUUAUUGGUGGUAUUUAAAUUAUUUUCCUCAUGAUUUACCAAUCCGAUUUAAUGAAAAUAUGCCAUGGAUAAAGUUUAAUGAAAUGUUUCCUCCAGGAAGCUUUCCUUUUGUUCUUCCUUUAACUUUUAUGAAAAAAGAUUUUAACAAAAUACAAUCAGAAAAUAAUUUUUAUAAUAUUAACCACAAAAAUAUUUAUAAUAAUUUUAAAGAAUUCAACACAGUUGAAGAGAAGGAUUCUUUUAGUAAUGAACAUUUUAGAAAUAUUGAUAAAAAUAUUUAUAAUAAAAAUAUAGAUAGUAUUUUUAACAAAAAUAUUGGUAAUAUUUAUAAUAAUGAUAUAAAAAAUGAUAUAUAUAACAAAGAAUAUAUGGGCAUGAUAAAUGAUAAAAAAUUACAAAUGGAAUUAUCAAUGUUACGAGAAAAAGGAUUAGAAUUAAUAAAACAGAGACAAAAACAAAUUGAAAUAGUUAACCAAUUAAAUGAAGUAGAAGAAAAAAAAAAACAAGAAAUAAAUAAUAUUAAAAAUGAAAACAAUGAAUCAAUCUUAGUGGAUAAAAAUGAUUAUCUAGAUCCUAAUAAUAAAUUGAUAUCUGAAACAUUAACAAAAGAAUUAAAAGAAAUUUUAAAAAUUAAUAAUAAUAAUAAUAAUAAUGUAGAAAGUAAUAUUCCAAAUGAUAACAAGAAAGUUAGAGAUGCCAUUAACUAUGUUAACACUUUUUUAAAUGCAAAUGAAAAUUCUGUUAGUACAUUAAACUCAAUCAAUAACAACAAAAUAAAUUUUCUAAGUAAUGAAUCACAAGAGAAAAAAGAAAAUAUAAUUAGUACUAAUAACAUUACAGAAAUAUCUAAUUUUUACAAAAUAAAUGCAACCAAACAAGUAGUAAAUUCCUUACAAGACAUAAAUACAGUUAAAACAAAUAGUUGUGUUAAUGAAAUUAAAACAAUUUUAAACGAAAAUAGUUCAAUAACUAUAAACACUAAUAUUGAUAACACUCAUACGAAUAAAAAUUCUAAUAAUCAUUUAAAUAAUUUUAUGCAUAAUUAUAUUUACGUAGAUAAUUUGAAUGAUAUAAAAAUGAACGAAAAAGAAAUUAAUGAAAAUCAUUUAUGUGAUUCUAACAAAAACAUAGAUAAUGAAGUGCCACCUAUUGAAGAACCAAAGAAUAAAUUGAAUAAUGAAUUAAAAAAAAACAUGAAAACAAAUAAAGAUAAUAAAAGAGUUUCCCAAAAAAAUGAAGAAAAUAAAAAAAGAAAAAUAAGUGAGCAUAUAUAUAGUAAUGUAGAAGAAGAAAAAGUGUUAACAGAAAAAAAUAAAGCAUAUGUAUUUUCUAAAAAAGAAAAGAAAGAUACUAAAGAAAAAAAAAAUAAGAAAGAAGAAAAGACGAAAGAUAAAGAUGAAAAAAGAGAAAUAGAAAAAGAAAAAGAAGUAGAGAAAGUUAAAGAUGUAGAAGAAGUAAAGGAAAAAGAAAAGAAGAAUAAAAAUAAAAAAAAAAAAAAAGUAAAGGGAAUUAAUAAAAAUGAAGAUUCUUCCUUACAACAAUCAGAAAAAGAGGAGCACAAUGAAAAAAAAAACAAAAAAGAAAUAAAGAAAAUGAAUUUAAAAGAGGAAGAUAAAAAAGAAAAUGAGAAUAUAAAAGAAGAAGAGAAAAAGAAAAAUGAAAAUACGAGAAAUGAAGAAAAAAAGAAAAAUAGUAAUAUAAAAAAUGAAGAAAAAAGGAAAAAUGAAAAUUUUAAAAAUGAAGAAAAAAAAAAAAAUGACAAUAUAAAAAUUGAGAAAGAAAAAGAGAAAAUAGAUAUAAGAAAUGAAGAUAAAAAGAAAAGUGAUCAUAUAAAAAAUGAAAAAGAAAAAACAGAUGUAAAUAAUAAUAGUAAUGUAAUUAAAAAAAAAGUAGAAAAAAUGAAAUGGAGUAUAUCUGGUGAAAGAAAAAUUGACAAAUUAGUAGACAUUAUGAAAGGAGAAGAAAAAAGCAUAAAUAUGAAAAUUAAAAUUGAAAAUUCAAAAAAAAAGGUAGUCAAUAAUAAUAAUAAUAAUGUUAGCGGUAAAAAAUCUGGAUGGGAUGUAAAUUAUAGUGGUAAUGAAAAAAAUUCAGAUUAUAUUGAUUUUCCUUACUUAACUACAGGAAUUAGGCAGAGUAAAACUAAAACAUCAAACAAAAAUUCUUUUAAUAAAAUGAAUAGCAAAACUAAUCAAACCACUGUAGAAAUAACUAAUAUAGAUAAAAAAAAUAAUAACAUUUCAAACAAUAUGAAAAAUAGUAUUAUUACUAAUGAUAAUAUAAAUAACAAAAAGUCGAAUGAAAAAAAAAAGUGGAAAAAUGAAAAUAUUGAUACUCAAGACAAUAUAGAAAAUAAAAAAUUCCCAUCGCUUUUAUAUUCAUCUUCCAUGAAAUCCGAAAACAAAAAAAAAGCAAAUUCUCAUGAACAAGAAUUAACAGAUUUGAAGCAAUUAACAAGUUCAUGCAAAUUACCUUUAGAUGACUCUUUACUUAAUUUUUUAAAAAAUUUUAAGAAAGCAGAAGAAAUAUAUGCUUUUCUUCAACAUAGUGUUGAGGAUAAAAAAAAACUACAUCAUUUUGCAAAUGAAUUUAUUAAAAUAAAUAAUAAAAAUAAUUUAAAUAAUAACCAAAAAAAAAAAAAGUUAUAA